GAGCAUAUAAUGAUAAUAUUUUGCUUUCACCUUUGGCUUUCAAUUCUGCUCUGCGCGCAGAUAACAAGCUUUCUAAAACUUUAAAGACCAACGUCGUCUGCUCAGUUCGAUUGUUUAUCAUUUUUUGAUGGAGCAGAGCAACCCUAGUUCAUCAAGAAGUGACCGUAAAACCAUAGAAAGAAACAGGAGAAAUCAUAUGAAAGCCCUUUAUUCCGAGCUCAAUUCUCUUGUACCCCAUCAAACCUCAAGGGAAACAUCGUUGCCGGAUCAACUAGAUGAAGCGACAAACUAUAUAAAGAAGCUACAGACAAACUUGGAGAGAAUGAAGGAGAAGAAAGACAGCCUAAUUGUGGGAAUGGAUGAAAAGCCAAAUUCAAGCACGAAUAGUGGAAUGACGAUGAUGGGGUUAAGAUCACCACAAAUUGAGAUUCACCAAAACGGUUCGGCUUUAGAAGUCAUUUUGAUAACUGGGUUGGAUUGUCAGUUCAUGUUCAAUGAGACUAUUCGCGUGCUUCACGAGGAGGGAGCUGAGAUUGUUAGUGCCAGUUUCAGUACUGUCGUUGAAGAUACAGUUUUCCACACGAUACAUUGUAAGGUUGGGGAGCCUGCAUUGGGUGAUGAAGCUGCAAGAAUAUCUGAGAGACUAGAGAAGUUUGUCAGGGAUGCUAAUUAAUGUAAUUUAAAAUAUGAUAUAUAGUACUAUUUACUUAAUAUCUUUACAUAUAUAAUUUAGCUUUUCCGAAGACUAAGUGGAUCAAAUAAUUUUAUUUUUUUUAAUGUUCCAUCCCCUGCUAAGUAGAUCGAGAUCUUUUUUUCCUAUAUAUGUUUCACAUUUUUGGUUUAA